UCCGGAUUCACUUUCGUUCAAUGAUCGAUAUUAUGUCGGGCAAAGAAGUAACUAAAGUCGUCAUUAAGUGUAAUCAAGCAAAAGAAGACGGACGUUUAGAUCUUUCUGACUGUCAGCUGACACAAAUACCUGAUGCAAUAUAUAUCCUGGUGCGCAGUACAACAAUUGAAGUUUGCAAUUUGUCUAGAAAUCUUCUCAGACAGAUUCCACCUAAAGUUGGCACCACAUUCCCCAACAUCACAGUGUUACAUCUGAGCGGGAACAGAUUAUCUACGUUGCCAAAUGAACUUGCACAAAUGACAGGUCUCUGCAGUUUGGAUAUCGCCAGCAACAAUUUCCGCAGCCUUCCGACAGUUACCUUCAGUUUUACAAGCCUUAAACAUCUAAAUGCCGAAAAUAAUAACAUAACAGAUCUGGACGUUGAACGACUGAAAUCUCUGACAUGCCUUGAAGAGGUUAAUUUUGAGAACAACCCAUUGACCUCAUCUGUGUAUAACGAACUUCUUAACAUCAAGCUCUUCAUCGCCUUGGUUACACCGCAAGACCAGGAUCUGGAUUCUGUUGACUGACGACUAGAAGAGUCCCUGUAAAACAUCUUGAGCUUCUCUUUACCCCAGUAAAGAGUAAUAGUAUGUCUGUUAUAGCCAUAAUAAAGCAGACUGGUGAAAAGAUAAAGGUGCAUCACCAAGGGAAGUUUGAUGGAUGUGAAUGAAUCCCAUUUUCGACAAUUGUUUUUUUUCUCCGUUUUUCUUUUCUUUUUUUAACAGUUGAUUGCUUUGAAAAAUUAAAAAUUCCCGGUAACAUCCUUGAGUUUACAAUAUUAAUUGUACAUCAGUAGAUCUGAAAGAAUCCCAAACUGCAGGGCUCAUUAUUAUGUAUGUUUGUGGUUUUGUUUUUAGACAAUUUUUUCCAGAAUGCAUCUCGUUUUAAAUAACCAAACAAAAUCAAAAAAUAAUUUAAUAUUACAUGCGGGCAUCCAAAUAAGUGGGGCGGGGCGUAGCCUAGUGGUAAAGUACUCGCUCGAUGCGCAGUCAGCAUUGGAUUGAUCCCUGUUGGUGGGCCCAUUGGGCCAUUUCUCGUUCCAACCAGUGCACCACAAGCGGGCACUCAAUUGACUACGCUAAAUCAUGCCCCUCUUAUAUAAAAUGAAUGUACAUGUCUUGUACAAGAACAGUGAGGUGAAGUCAUAAAAACAGUAUGUCUGUGAAGGAUUGUUGUCAUAGUAAUAACAAUUGGAAAUGUAAACUUGAAUGUGUUGUGACCUAUUGGAUACCCAUAAUUUAUUGUAACCUGUACGUGGAUUACCUCAGACUGUGCUGUUCUUAUUUCGAUGCCCGAUAAAAUUUAGCAGUUGUCCAAUUUUGCUACUUGUAUGAUGGAUUUGAUGUCCAAACCUAUACGAUCAUAUAAAAAAAGAUACAAAUCAGGGUCCAGUUUCACAAAAACAGCAUAAGCCUAGUUUUGCAUGUAGACAUAACUCUACAACUACACCACAAUUCUUAUUACUAUUAUUGUACAACAAAUAGUUUAAAAACACAUAUUUUAUUUUGUACUUAAAAUGCUCCAUCUUCUGUAAUGAUGUAAUAUGACCGGUAUAACUGGUAGUCCCAGACAUAAACUUACAAUGUUUUGUGAAAUUGGCUCCAGCUGCGUCUUGAAUGAAAUUUAAAAAAAGAAAAAGAAAAAAAAAGAUAUGAAAUUAAUAAAUUUUCAGCUCUCAAUCUAAUACUAAUAUUCCAUUGUUUCCAUCUUAAAUCUGGUAUUUGGCACUGCUAACAACUGGGUAUUAAUUGCCAUUUAAUCUUUUCCUCCACCAUUUACACUGGAGAAAAGUUGUUCUUAUGCAGUAUAUACAUUAUAUUGUACAUGAUCAUAUAUUAUUUAUAUCAUUUGGAUUGUUAUAAAAUUGUGCUGUUUAAAAGUAUACAUUAAAUAUUUAUUGUA